CCCAGAGGUAGUCAGGGUCCUCAGAACUCUCUCUCUCAUUCUGACUCAGCACGGCAACAGCACGGCAACAGCACGGCAACAUGGCUCACCGUCGCUUUGAGGGCAAAGAGCACGCAGCCUCCUACCUGAGGUACAGGGUGUCCCCCCCACAGGAACUGAUCGCAGAGAUACUGGCAUUUCUGGAGAAUAUGAAAGGAAGGCCGUUCGACCUUGCCGUGGACGUAGGCUGUGGCUCGGGACAGGGGACACUCCUACUGGCCCCUCACUUUACCCAAGUGAUUGGGACAGACAUCAGCCCCGCCCAGCUGGAGGUGGCUCUGGCCAAUAGCAGCGCCCCAAAUAUCUUCUACAGGCAGUGUCCUGCAGAGGAGUUACCGUUCGCUGACGGCGGGGUAGACUUGGUGACCUCCAUGACCGCGGCACACUGGUUCCAUCGUCCACGGUUCCUCCAGGAGGCAGACAGGCUGCUGAAGCCCAGAGGGUGUCUGGCCCUGAUCAGUUAUACCCUGGACAUGGACCUGGAGUACGGACAACACUCCCACACUCUGACUGACAUCUGUCAUCAGUUCUACAAGAACCUGCUGCCAUUUCGCAGUGCCCACAUAGGUACUACCACGGUCCCUCUCUACAAACAGAUGUAUGACUCAUGCCCGUACCCAGACAAAGAGUGGCAUGAGUGUCUGCGGAUGAGGAGACCGAUGCCUCUGAGUGGCUACAUCGGCAUGGUGGAGACCUUCUCUAGCUAUCGGGCGUUGCUGAAGCAGGAUCCAGUGGAAGCCCACAGGUUCUCCCAGGACUUCAGGAACAGGCCGAGGUUGCUGUCUGAGAUGGGGGAGUCGAAUCCAGACACAGAGAUCACAGUGGUGGUGAAGUAUUUCUACUGGCUGGCCUGCAAACCUGCUGCAGCCUGAUCUGGGGCAAAGACGCAGCAAACCUGCUGCAGCCUGAUCUGGGGCAAAGACGCAGCAAACCUGCUGCAGCCUGAUCUGGGGCAAAGACGCAGCAAACCUGCUGCAGCCUGAUCUGGGGCAAAGACGCAGCAAACCUGCUGCAGCCUGAUCUGGGGCAAAGACGCAGCAAACCCCACAGACCCGUCUCUUCCCUUGAUGUUUUCUGUUGCAUCUAAUGGCAAAAUGACAUAACUAAAAGAGAGGUUACACAUUACAACAAAUAAGACCACAUGUUACAUACAACUUAAAUCAUUAGUCCAUCAAAGUCAAAAUGAAAAGUGAACCCACAUGAACUCCAAUACCACCUAAAGAAAAUGUUUUACGAUGUUUCAGAAUAGUCUGGAUACCCGAUGAGCUCAACCAUUUCUUGUUUUAUAAAGAAACAGCUUGUUAAAACACAA